AUGGCGGUCGCUCUUGUGUGUCCGCAGAUCCAGUUGGCGUUCCUGGUGUUCAAGCUAGACAAGCCCAACGACUGCAACCAGAACUUCGUGCAGGUGUUCAAGGACAACACGGACAUGCCGUCGCGGCUGAACGAGUUCUGCGGCGCCAAGGCGGAGACCGUGCUGUCCGAAAACAACGUGAUGCACGUGCGCUACUGGGCAACAUCGCAGGCCAUCAACGCCACCUUCGACUCGCUCUUCACCGCCUACCGAGAAGGCAACAAGAAGCCCUGCCUGGAUGACGAGUUCGACUGCCAGGACGACACGUGCAUCUCGCGGACGCUGCGCUGCAACAACCGCAUCAACUGCCGCUUCCUCUGGGACGAGGAGAAGGAGGAGUGCAAGGUGAGUACCGCGCUGGCAGCACCAGCGACGAGCACCGGCAGCCAGUUGCUCGUAGGCGGCUCGCAAGUGCCUCGCCGAUUGUUUUCAUCAGGACGGAGCACCUUACCUGAGAUGGAGAGUCACUUGGAAACACUGAAUUAG